AUGAGUAAAUCCAAAAUUUCCAAAUGGUUAAGAUCUGGUGUUAUCAAGCAAAAUAUAAAGAGUACACUCAAAGCUACUAUCAAUGCAUUACAUAAUGCAUGUCCAUUAAAGGUCUCUUGUGAGGUUAUAUCCAAAGCACUUUGCAAUAUUUUACAUAAUGACAAAGACUUUCAUGAACAGGCCUUUAUUGAACCUAUUUUUAAUUUGGUUGAAAAAGCACUUAACAAGUUCCUUAUUGAGAAUGAACAUACGAUUCUUUCCACUGUCCCUGAGACCUUUGCCUCCAAACAUCACAUAAAUCCAGAUUUUGAUAAUGUGGAUACUCAAUUUAGGAAUAGGGUAGCUCAUGGAACUUUAAUAGAUCAAAAAGGUGGCAACUAUAAAGAAUUACAUGCUAUAAAAGAAAAACUUGAUAAUAAGAUUAUUCAAAAAUGGAUGGGAAAAACAAUUCCAGAGGUUGAGAGCAAUAAUAGUGAGAACCAAAAAGAAAACAAUGACUCAAAUUUUUAUGAAAUGAUAACAUUCAUUUGUGAUACUCUAAAUGAAGCAAAUGAAAUGAAAGAGGGAUCCAAGCAAAAGAUAAUGAAGUUGGUGUUAAGGGAAGAUGAAGAUAUAAUACAGAUAUGCCAGGCUGUUAAAAUCAAAGAGUGCAAAAGUGAACAAUCCCAUGAAUUUAUUGAAUUUGUAAACCUUGUAUUUAAUGUAAUGAUGGAAAAAUUGAAAUUGGACUCCGAUUCUCCUGAAGCAAAACAG